GGCUUGGGGACAGAGAGGGGACAGUGAGGGGACAACGGGGGGACAUGGGGACAGGGUAGGGACGGUCCCCACAGCGUCCCCAGGGUGUCGCCAUGGUGCCACCUCCCUGUCCCCGAGUCUGUGAGACCCUCGGACUGUCCUCAGUCCUGUCCCUAGGCUGUCCCCUCCCUGUCCCCACAACGGUCUGGGCAGAGGCUUUGGGCUCCACCCUCGCCCUUUGCGCCGCCUCUGCCCCCGUUUAAAAUGUUCCCAGAUUGUCCCCAGGUGUCCCCAAGUGCCACCAUGGCUCCUGUGCUGGCGGCCCUGUUAGCGCUGCUGGCGCUGGCACUGCUGGCGCAGCUGUCGCGACAUCGCGCGAUCGCAGCCCGACUCCCCCCGGGCCCCCCCGCGCUGCCGCUGCUCGGGAACCUCCUCCAGGUGUCCCCGUUCCGCACGCUGCAGUCCCUGCUCAAGCUGAGUGACCGCUACGGACCAGUGUUCACAGUGUGGUUGGGCCCCCGGCCAGUGCUGGUGCUGUGCGGGACCCGGGCUGUGCGCGAGGCACUUGUGGAGAACCCCGAGGUGUUUGCAGGGCGUGGGCAGAUGCCAACCCUGGAGAGCACCUUCAGGGGAUAUGGUGUGGUUUUUGCGGAUGGGGAGCGCUGGCGGCAGCUCCGGCGCUUCUCCCUGAUGGUGCUCCGGGAUUUUGGGAUGGGCCGCAGGAGCAUCGAGAGCCGGAUCCAGGAGGAGGCCCAGGAGCUGCUCCAUGAGUUCCAGAAAACCCAAGGAAAACCCUUCGACCCCAUGUUCCUGCUGAGCUGCGCCGUGUCCAAUAUCAUCUGCUCCAUCGUUUUUGGGAAUCGCUUCCAGUACCAGGAUCCUGAAUUCCUGGAGCUGCUGCGUGUCAUGAACGAGAGUUUUCGGGAGAUGAGCACGGCCUGGGCACAGCUGUACAACAUGGCUGAGCCAUUGCUGAAGUUCGUGCCGGGCCCGCACCGGCGCAUCCCACAGCUGCUGGGGACAAUGAGGAGUUUCAUUGCCAAGCGUGUGCAGGACAACGCCCGGACCCUCGACCCCCACAGCCCCCGCGACUUCAUCGAUGCCUUCCUCAUCCAGAUGGACAAGGAAAAGGACAACCCCAAGUCAGAAUUCACAAUGGAAAACCUGGAAUUGACUACCCUGAACCUUUUCUUUGCUGGCACUGAGACCGUGAGCUCCACACUGCGCUUUGGCUUCCUCUUCCUCAUGAGGCACCCCCAGGUGGAAGAGAAGAUUUUCGAGGAGAUUUCACAGGUGGUGGGCUUCGGCCGGGCUCCAGCCCUCGCUGACCGCUCGCUGAUGCCGUUCACUGAUGCCACGAUCCACGAGAUCCAGCGCUGCAGCGACCUCAUCCCCAUGAACGUCCCGCACCGGGUGACACAGGACACGGAAUUCCGGGGCUUCUGCAUCCCCAAGGGCACAGAUGUUUACCCCCUGCUGAGCUCAGUCCUAAACGACCCUGAAUCCUUCAAAAAUCCCCAAAACUUCGACCCUGGGAACUUCCUGGACGAGCAGGGUCGGUUCCAGCGCAACGAGGCCUUUGUGCCCUUCUCAGCUGGGAAGCGGCUGUGCCUGGGGGAGGCGCUGGCGCGGGCAGAGCUGUUCCUGUUCCUGACCUCGCUGCUGCAGCGCCUGCGGCUGCGACCCCCGGCAUCCCCCGAGGAGCUGCCCACGGCUCCCCUGGGAUGAAGAUGAAUCAAAAGAUAAUUGGAACUGGAACAAAGUGAUCACCAGCCCAGUGUGUUCCCAAUGCAGAUCACUGGGAACGUGGGUCAUCAGAGCUCUGCCCAAUGUGUGUCCUCUGAUGGGGAAUGGAGUUGGGGCAGCACACAAAGGUCUUCCUGCACUUGAGGCACUCACAGGGCUUCCCUUAGUGGUGCCUCCAUUGGUGUUGGUUCAAGUUAGAGCUCCUGGAGAAUCUCUUCCCACACUGGGGACAAUUGUAGGACCUCUGCCUGGUGUGGAUGCACUGGUGGGUGAUGAGGGUGGAGUUGUGCUUGAAGCCCUUCCUGCAGCUGGGGCAGCUUCUCCUCUCUGUGAAUCCGCUGGUGCGUGAGGAGAUGGGAGCUGGUGAGAAACCUCUUUCCACAUUCGGGACACUUGUAGGGCCUCUCCCUAUGGUUGCUAAAUGCAAGCAGGGAGCACAGUGCCUGUGGAAAAGCAGGCAGCAUAACUUUCUCAGUCUCGCCUGAGAAAGUGGCCUGGGAAA